AGAAUGAUGAAAACUAAGGUUGGAAAAGGUUGUGAAACCUUUUAACUCUCCACAGUGGAGUCCAUUAUUUCCUCUGGCUUCCUCAAAUUCAUAUUCACAGGGUUGUUGGCUGUGGGUUGCAAUUACCAUGUCUGACUCAGUAAUUCUUCAAAGUAUAAAGAAAUUUGGAGAGGAGAAUGAUGGUUUUGAGUCAGAUAAAUCACAUAAUAAUGAUAAGAAAUCAAGGUUACAAGAUGAGAAGAAAGGUGAUGGUAUUAGAGUUGGCUUCUUUCAAUUGUUUCGGUUUUCUUCAUCAACUGACAUUUGGCUGAUGUUUGUGGGAAGUUUGUGUGCAUUUCUCCAUGGAAUAGCCCAGCCAGGCGUGCUACUCAUUUUUGGCACAAUGACAGAUGUUUUUAUUGACUAUGACGUUGAGUUACAAGAACUCCAGAUUCCAGGAAAAGCAUGUGUGAAUAGCACCAUUGUAUGGACUAACAGUUCCCUCAACCAGAACAUGACAAAUGGAACACGUUGUGGGUUGCUGAACAUUGAGAGCGAAAUGAUCAAAUUUGCCAGUUACUAUGCUGGAAUUGCUGUCGCAGUACUUAUCACAGGAUAUAUUCAAAUAUGCUUUUGGGUCAUUGCUGCUGCUCGUCAGAUACAGAAAAUGAGAAAAUUUUACUUUAGGCAAAUAAUGAGAAUGGAAAUAGGGUGGUUUGACUGCAAUUCAGUGGGGGAGCUGAAUACAAGAUUCUCUGAUGAUAUUAAUAAAAUCAAUGAUGCCAUAGCUGACCAAAUGGCCCUUUUCAUUCAGCGCAUGACCUCGACCAUCUGUGGUUUCCUGUUGGGAUUUUUCAGGGGUUGGAAACUGACCUUGGUUAUUAUUUCUGUCAGCCCUCUCAUUGGGAUUGGAGCAGCCACCAUUGGUCUGAGUGUGUCCAAGUUUACGGACUAUGAGCUGAAGGCCUAUGCCAAAGCAGGGGUGGUAGCUGAUGAAGUCAUUUCAUCAAUGAGAACAGUGGCUGCUUUUGGUGGUGAGAAAAGAGAGGUUGAAAGGUAUGAGAAAAAUCUUGUGUUUGCCCAGCGUUGGGGAAUUAGAAAAGGGAUAGUGAUGGGAUUCUUUACUGGAUUCGUGUGGUGUCUCAUCUUUUUGUGUUAUGCACUGGCCUUCUGGUACGGCUCCACACUUGUCCUGGAUGAAGGAGAAUAUACACCAGGAACCGUCAUCCAGAUUUUCCUCAGUGUCAUAGUAGGAGCUUUAAAUCUUGGCAAUGCCUCUCCUUGUUUGGAAGCCUUUGCAACUGGACGUGCAGCAGCCACCAGCAUUUUUGAGACAAUAGACAGGAAACCCAUCAUUGACUGCAUGUCAGAAGAUGGUUACAAGUUGGAUCGAAUCAAGGGUGAAAUUGAAUUCCAUAAUGUGACCUUCCACUAUCCUUCCAGACCAGAGGUGAAGAUUCUAAAUGACCUCAACAUGGUCAUUAAACCAGGGGAAAUGACAGCUCUGGUAGGACCCAGUGGAGCUGGAAAAAGUACAGCACUGCAACUCAUCCAGCGAUUCUAUGACCCCUGUGAAGGAAUGGUGACCGUGGAUGGCCAUGACAUUCGCUCUCUUAACAUUCAGUGGCUUAGAGAUCAGAUUGGGAUAGUGGAGCAAGAGCCAGUUCUGUUCUCUACCACCAUUGCAGAAAAUAUUCGCUAUGGCAGAGAAGAUGCAACAAUGGAAGACAUAGUCCAAGCUGCCAAGGAGGCCAAUGCCUACAACUUCAUCAUGGACCUGCCACAGCAAUUUGACACCCUUGUUGGAGAAGGAGGAGGCCAGAUGAGUGGCGGCCAGAAACAAAGGGUAGCCAUCGCCAGAGCCCUCAUCCGAAAUCCCAAGAUUCUGCUUUUGGACAUGGCCACCUCAGCUCUGGACAAUGAGAGUGAAGCCAUGGUGCAAGAAGCACUGAGUAAGAUUCAGCAUGGGCACACAAUCAUUUCAGUUGCUCAUCGCUUGUCUACGGUCAGAGCUGCAGAUACCAUCAUUGGUUUUGAACAUGGUGCUGCAGUGGAAAGAGGCACCCAUGAAGAAUUAUUGGAAAGGAAAGGUGUCUACUUCACUCUAGUGACUUUGCAAAGCCAGGGAAAUCAAGCCCUUAAUGAAGAGGACAUAAAGGAUGCAACUGAAGAUGACAUGCUUGCGAGGACCUUUAGCAGAGGGAGCUACCAGGAUAGUUUAAGGGCUUCCAUCCGGCAACGCUCCAAGUCUCAGCUUUCUUACCUGGUGCACGAACCUCCAUUAGCUGUUGUAGAUCAUAAGUCUACUUAUGAAGAAGAUAGAAAGGACAAGGACAUUCCUGUGCAGGAAGAAGUUGAACCUGCCCCAGUUAGGAGGAUUCUGAAAUUCAAUGCUCCAGAAUGGCCCUACAUGCUGGUAGGGUCUGUGGGUGCAGCUGUAAACGGGACAGUCACACCCUUGUAUGCCUUUUUAUUCAGCCAGAUUCUUGGGACUUUUUCACUUCCUGAUAAAGAGGAACAAAGGUCACAGAUCAAUGGUGUGUGCCUACUUUUUGUAGCAAUGGGCUGUGUAUCUCUUUUCACCCAAUUUCUACAGGGAUAUGCCUUUGCUAAAUCCGGGGAGCUCCUAACAAAAAGGCUACGUAAAUUUGGUUUCAGGGCAAUGCUGGGGCAAGAUAUUGCCUGGUUUGAUGACCUCAGAAAUAGCCCUGGAGCUUUGACAACAAGACUUGCUACAGAUGCUUCCCAAGUUCAAGGGGCUGCCGGCUCUCAGAUCGGGAUGAUGGUCAAUUCCUUCACUAACGUCACUGUGGCCAUGAUCAUUGCCUUCUCCUUUAGCUGGAAGCUGAGCCUGGUCAUCUUGUGCUUCUUCCCCUUCUUGGCUUUAUCAGGAGCCACACAGAGCAGGAUGUUGACAGGAUUUGCCUCUCGAGAUAAGCAGGCCCUGGAGAUGGUGGGACAGAUUACAAAUGAAGCCCUCAGUAACAUCCGCACUGUUGCUGGAAUUGGAAAGGAGAGGCGGUUCAUUGAAGCACUUGAGACUGAGCUGGAGAAGCCCCUCAAGACAGCCAUACAGAAAGCCAAUGUUUAUGGAUUCUGCUUUGCCUUUGCCCAGUGCAUCGUGUUUAUUGCGAAUUCUGCUUCCUACAGAUAUGGAGGUUACUUAAUCCCCAAUGAGGGGCUCCAUUUCAGCUACGUGUUCAGGGUGAUCUCUGCAGUUGUACUGAGUGCAACAGCUCUUGGAAGAGCCUUCUCUUACACCCCAAGUUAUGCAAAAGCUAAAAUAUCAGCUGCACGCUUUUUUCAACUGCUGGACCGACAACCCCCAAUCAGUGUAUACAAUACUGCAGGUGAAAAAUGGGACAACUUCCAGGGGAAGAUUGAUUUUGUUGAUUGUAAAUUUACAUAUCCUUCUCGACCUGACUCGCAAGUUCUGAAUGGUCUCUCAGUGUCGAUUAGUCCAGGGCAGACACUGGCGUUUGUUGGGAGCAGCGGAUGUGGCAAAAGCACUAGCAUUCAGCUGUUGGAACGUUUCUAUGAUCCUGAUCAAGGGAAGGUGAUGAUAGAUGGGCAUGACAGCAAAAAAGUAAAUGUCCAGUUCCUCCGCUCAAACAUUGGAAUUGUUUCCCAGGAACCAGUGUUGUUUGCCUGUAGCAUAAUGGACAAUAUCAAGUAUGGAGACAACACCAAAGAAAUUCCCAUGGAAAGAGUCAUAGCAGCUGCAAAACAGGCUCAGCUGCAUGAUUUUGUCAUGUCACUCCCAGAGAAAUAUGAAACUAACGUUGGGUCCCAGGGGUCUCAACUCUCUAGAGGGGAGAAACAACGCAUUGCUAUUGCUCGGGCCAUUGUACGAGAUCCUAAAAUCUUGCUACUAGAUGAAGCCACUUCUGCCUUAGACACAGAAAGUGAAAAGACGGUGCAGGUUGCUCUAGACAAAGCCAGAGAGGGUCGGACCUGCAUUGUCAUUGCCCAUCGCUUGUCCACCAUCCAGAACGCGGAUAUCAUUGCUGUCAUUGCACAGGGGGUGGUGAUUGAAAAGGGGACCCACGAAGAACUGAUGGCCCAAAAAGGAGCCUACUACAAACUAGUCACCACAGGAUCCCCCAUCAGUUGACCCAAUGCAAGAACCUCAGACACACAUGACGCACCAGUUACAGGGGUUGUUUUUUUUAAAAAAAAAAACAAUCCCAGCCGGAGGGACUGCUGGGAUUGUUUUUUCUUUAAAGAAGAAUGUUAAUAUUUUACUUUUACAGUCAUUGUCAUACAUCAGAAUCCAAGCUAAUUUCUAAUGACCUUCCAUAAUAAUUCUGCUUUAGAUGUGUAUACAGAAAAUGAAAGAAACUACGGUCCAUGUGAGGGAAAACCCAAUGUCAAGUGGCAGCUCAGCCACCACUCAGUGCUUCUCUGUGCAGGAGCCAGUCCUGAUUAAUAUGUGGGAAUUAGUGAGACAUCAGGGAGUAAGUGAGACUUUGAACUCCUCAAGGGCAGAGAACUGUCUUGCAUUUUCGAACCCUCGGUGUAUACAGAGGCGGGUCUAUAACAGGCAUUCAACAAACGUUUCUUGAGCUAGACCAAGGUCAAAUUUGAAAAGAACAGAAGGACUGAAGACCAGCUGUGUUUCUUAACUAAAUUUGUCUUUCACGUGAAACCAGCUUCCUUCAUCUCUAAGGCUGAGGAUAGGGAAAGGGUGGAUGCUCUCAGGCUGAGGGAGGCAGAAAGGGAAAGUAUUAGCACGGGCUUUCCAGUUAGGGCUGUUGAUUUAUGCUUUAGCUUCAGAGUGAGUGUAGGGUUGACAAAGCUACCAUUACUGUGAGAACCUGCCAGUGUGGCUGGAGCAGGGACUCUCUCCCAGGCCUUUUACUCCUCAGCACCUCCCUGCAUAUUGAUUGUUGUUUUUAGUUUCUGCAAAAUUAUAUUCAUGAAAUGAAAAUAGCGCAUUUUACUUUGCUGUAGUUUCAUAAGGUGUUAUACAAAAAAGCAAGUAAAUAUGGCAGAAAAGCACUCAUUUGCCCCUGCUCUCUCAAACCACCACAUAAUGACAUAGAACUAAAGGCGGCAGGAACCUACAAGAAUGAAGAAAACACAGUGAUGCCGCCUGCAAAAUCUUGGGAGCCAGAAAGCAAAUGGACAAUUGAUAAUAGAGUUACAAGAUGAGAGAAAACAAAAAUGUAACCUGUUAGUUGGGGGAGCCUAGAAACAUCCUGUUUUGUACCACAGACCCCUAGAAAGGUUCAAGAUGUAAAAACAUUGGAUCCUUCUGGAAGGAGGAGGCAAGGGGACAGAGGGACUGAAGACAGAAGAAUGGGCCAAAAGCCUGUAUGGAAACAGAAUUGCAGAGCCCCGCCUGCAGCAGGAUGGCUGCCUUUCCCCAGUUCCAGCGAGAGACUGCAUACUCCCGCUCUGAGGAGGGUCACAGGGAGGUUUGCACUUAGAGACACAAGGUGCAGUUGAAGGGGCAGCUAACAUAAAAGAGACAGGGGGAUUGAGUGUAAAGCUGUGUAUGAACAGAAGAACUCCCAGCCCCUCUCUCCUGGCAGGAGAUUGAAGAAUGAUUUUCUGGGGAAACUGGCCAAUCUAAGAAAAGAGGUUAGGCCAGGCACUGUGGCUCACACCUGUAAUCCCAGCACUUUGGGAGGCCAAGGCGAGCGGAUCAUGAGGUCGAGAGAUCAAGACCAUCCUGGCUAACAUGGUGAAACCCCGUCUCUACUAAAAAUACAAAAAAAUUAGCCAGGCGUGGUGGCGGGCACCUGUAGUCCCAGCUACUCAGGAAGCUGAAGCAGGAGAAUGGCGUGAACCCGGGAGGUGGAGCUUGCAGUGAGCUGAGAUGACGCCACUGCACUCCAGCCUGGGCGACAAAGCGAAAAAAAAGAAAAAGAAAA